CGCAAGUCUCCCCAUUUCCCCAUUUCCCUCCUCUUUCCACGACAAACCUGAACGACGCAACUAUUUCUCCUCCCUGUAUCGCUUUUCUCAUCAUGUCACUCGAGGCUAUUGCUCCGCCGCCAAUGAAUGGGCCGCCAGUCCGAUUUCUCGCUCAUCCACCAGGAACGGGGUUGGGGCCCCGUGUCGAUCGCCUCCCCAGCCCCGACCGUGAAACGCCGCGCGAGGUUCUGGACGAGAUGAUGUCAGCCUGCGCCGCUAGGGACUUCCCCAGGUUCAAAGCCAUGUUCGACAUGUGGGCUCCGUUUAGAUUCGAUAUCUACGAUCUUUCCAGGAUUAUGCGGCUCGCUAUAGAGAUGGACUACUCCGAGGUCAUCUCCACCUUAUUAGCGCAAGGGCAACCGAUCCACUUUGGUCAUGCCCAGAGGGCUGUGUGGCACCGGUCGAAGAAAGUCCUUACCGCCUUCCUACAGUAUGGGUGGAAUAUCAACGAGGUAGAAUGCGAGACAACGACUUCGGUGCUCGGCUUCGCUGUGCAAGACGAAGAAAUGACACGAUGGCUCCUCGACCACGGCGCAGAUCCGAAUCAGCAAUCCUCCGUAGAUCUCACACCCUUAUCGUGGGCCGUCGAAGAUGCUUCCCUGAGCACAAUCAACCUCCUCUUUGAGCGAGGCGCAGAUGCCCUCAAAGGCGAACCGCUGCACCACGCCAUCAACCGCAAGACAGAAGUCGUCGAAGUCCUAUCUCUCCUUCUUGAGAAAGGCGCUCCUCUAAAUGGAAAGCAGUAUGAAAACCACCCCAACUCGUGGCGACUGUACUUCUUCAUGGGCCUGGGCACAGCGCUUCACCAGGCGGCUUGCCUGGGGAAUGUUGAUGCGGCGCGGUUUUUGCUUGAGAAGGGUGCUGAUGUGUCGAUUAUCGAUGCGACGGAUCGAACACCGCUGGAUUGGGCUGUUAAGAACGGGCACCAGGAGAUUAUCGAGAUGCUGGAGGCAGCGGGGGCUGAGAGGGGACCUCGACCUCGACCUCAUCGACCUCGAGAAUGAUAUUUAUUGCGUGUUUACUAUUGCGUUAUUGGCGAUAUGCGAGCGAUGUGUUUGAAAUGAUAGCGUUAAUGUUUUGUUCAACCAGUUUUUGCUGAAUCCUACUAGGUGAAUUAAGCAUACGUGAUUUGAGGUGAGAAGGCUCAAACACA